AUGGCUGGAUCACCACCUUCCUACUCAACAACAGCUCCCACUAUUACGCGGGACUCUGUGGAAGGUGACGCCGAUUACGUUGCGCCCACAUUCUCCAUUGGACCGUUCCGCAAACAUUCUGCGAAUCCAAUCUUGACGCCUAAUCCGAAACACGACUUCGAGUCCUCGUACCUCUAUAAUGCCACGGCGAUCGUCCUCGACGGGCGAGUCUUUCUCCUCUACCGGGCGCAGAACGCGGCCAAAGUGUCCACCAUAGGGCUUGCAUGGUCGGAAGACGGCGUUAAUUUCACCCGGCUGGACCGUCCAGUCCUGACGCCGACAGAACCGUGGGAAGAAGGCGGAGGGGUCGAGGAUCCGCGCGUCGUCCGCAUCAACGGCGUCGUCUACAUGACCUACACCGCCUACGAUACGGAUAAGGCGCGCUUGUGCCUCGCGACCUCGACGGACCUACUGCACUGGGAGAAGUGCCCGCCGCUGUUCCCCGGUUGGGAUGAAGUGGAGGUGACGCUGUCGGGGCGUCAAUCCAUCCGCCGGGGCUUUACUAAGGCGGGGGCCAUAUUCCCAGAAUGCAACGCCGACGGGAAAUACACAAUGUUGUGGGGAGAGUCCUGCAUCUAUCGCGCAGAGAGCGAGGAUUUGAUCAACUGGAAGACCCGGCCGUUUGAGGAAUGGUUCGCGACCGGUGUGCAUGGGUGGGAGAAUCGUCUCCUGGAGCCGGGCCCUUCACCGGUCCGAACGAAAGACGGAAAGUGGAUUCUGGUGUACAAUGCGGCGACGACUGGAGGAGGACGGUUCAGGAACAACCAGUACUCUAUCGGGCAGAUGCUGGUCGAUUAUGCAAGGCUGGACGACGGGCCCCUGGCGCGAUUGGAGCGGCCAUGUGUAGAAGUCGACCAACGGAAUGAGGAGGCUGGCCAGGUCGACCAGGUGGUCUUUUGCGAGGGCCUCGUGCAGUUCAAGGGCAAGUGGCUCCUCUACUUUGGCCAGGGGGACAGCGAACUGGGAGUUGCCGUCGCAGAUGCGGUAUAG